CUCUGUGUCUGUGUGCAACGUGCAGGAGCAGCACCAGGAGCAGCAGCAGAGCAGUGCCCGAUGGCUGCCUCGGGACCUGGCAUUUGGCCCUGCACUUGCUGCAGGAGUCCCUGCCCGGGUUCCCUGCUGGCCCAACCUUCGCACCCAUCUCAGAACCUGGGUUCCCAAGGGGGUUGCCUCAAGUGGUUGCUAGGAACCUGAGGCCAUGGCUGCCCCAGUUUUGGCUGCACGAUGCUGAUGUCAGAGUGGCCAUUGUGACCCGCGCAACCAAGGCCUCCAAAGGGAAGGCUGGGCUCAGGCCGUGUGUCAGUGCGACCUGACAACGGGAGGAGAAGGCAGGGCAGGGACGCUGCUGCCCAGGGACCAGAGGAGCCCCACAGCUCGGGGCUCUGGGCCUGUGCUGCAGGUUCCCCUGCCUCUCCCUGCCCACAAUCAGAGGAAGAACAGACAGAGCAGACUGCGGUUUUCCUCGAGGCGACGACGGGAGGAGAAGGCGACAGGAGCAGGGCUCACGCAGGGCUCAGCAGGGAGUAGUGCCCUCGUGGCUCUGGGCCUGUGCUGCAAAUUCCCCACCCUCCUCUUUCUCCUACAGAGAGAGAGGACCAGCACCUGGAGGAGACUUUUCUGGACAGGGACUCACCGCUGACGGCUGCCAUGUGUGACAGGCGGCAGGAGGGCCCUGGUGCCAGGGAGCCAGUGUGCAUGCUGUGUCGCCGUGCAGAGGCUGACCCGGACGUCUGCGGUGACAAACUGGAGAAGCACGGGCUCUGUGCCCACGUGUACUGCCUGUUCUUUGCCACUCUACUUUAUGCUCAAGAGGACGAACAUGUUGGACUCUUUGGAUAUCUUCCUCGAGAUAUCCUAGUUGUAGUGCGGCGGGCGGCACAAAAGCGCUGCUGCGUCUGUGGCCAGAGCGGGGCAACCAUCAUGUGCUGCAUGGAGGACUGUGACAGAUGGUUCCACCUGCCCUGUGCCAAGGAGGGCGGCUGCGUCACACAGUAUAUUCCAUAUUACAGCUCCUACUGCCCUGAGCACCGUCCAAAGCAGGACGUGGAGGCGACUCCAGAGCCGGACACCAGUUGCCUCAUCUGCUUGGAGCCUGUGGAGGAUAGAAAGACUUUCAGAACCUUGGUGUGCCCAGUGUGCAAAAGGGCCUGGUUCCACAGGGACUGCAUCCAGGGACAGGCCAUGCGCGCUGGUCUUUUAUAUUUCCGGUGCCCCUAUUGCAGAGACGAGGAGGCAUUCCUUGUCGAAAUGUUCGCCCUGGGGAUCCGAAUCCCCUUCAGACUGCCAACAUGGGAGGACAACGAUGCCUUCGCGGAUCUAGGAGAGAGGCACAGCAGGUGCAAUGCCAGGGAUUGCCUUUACCCGGGAGGCAGGGAGGAGGCAGAGGAAGAGGGGCCCUGGGAACUGCUCCUGUGCUCCUCCUGUGCUGCUGAGGGCACCCACAGGCGCUGCUCCGGCCUGAGAAACAGCGUACAGAGCUGGGAGUGUGACAGCUGUGCUGGUCUUGGAACGGCCUCCAGAGAUGAGCCAGAGCUCAGUGGCCCCAGCCUGACCAGUCAGUCAGGACUGGAGCCUGCUCACAGCUCAGCAGAAUCUGAGGCCAUCAGCCCCAGCUCCCGCGGCCCGGUGCCAUCGGGGCUGGAUCCCCAGGCUUCAUCCGCAGAGACCAGCAGCACAGCACGGCAGCAGUCUCUGCCAUCUCCCUCGCUGGACACCAGCAGCCCCAGCACACCAAGGUCAUUGUACAGCAGCAUCCCUGAGCCUGAGGACAGGGGCCAUUCCAGACAUGCUGGGCCCGGCCGCAGGCGCACCUGCUCCCGCCAGGAAGGUCGGGCCUCCAAUGGACCAGUCCGAUCGAGGAGUCGCUGUGACAGGCGCAGCAGGACAAGACCAAGGACUGAGAGGCCCAGGCAAAGGGAGACACCUUCACAGGCAUCCCCCAGACGCAGCCGCUCCCGCCAGCAACACCGGGCCCUAAGUCCACCUGUCCGGUCCAGGAGUCGCCGUGACAGAAGCCACAGGACAGCAACAAGGACAGAGGGGCCCAGGCAAAGGGAGACACCAUCAGGGACAUCCCCCAGACGCAGCCGCUCCCGCCAUCAAGGUCAGGCCCAGAGCCCACCUGUCCGGCCAAGCAGUCACCGUGAUAGAAGUAGCAGAACAAGACCAAGGACUGAGAGGCCCAGGCAAAGGCAGACACCUUCAUGGGAAUCCCCCAGACGCAGCCGCUCCCGCCAUCAAGGUCGGGCCCUAAGUCCACCUGUCCGGUCCAGGAUUCGCCGUGACAGCAGCCACAGGACAGCAACAAGGACUGAGAGGCCCAGGCAAAGGGAGACACCGUCAGGGACGUCCCCCAGACGCAGCUGCUGCCGCCCGCAGCACCGGACCUCGAAUCAACCUCUCUGGUCCAGGAGUCGCCAGGACAGGAGCAGGAGGAGAGCAGCAAGUGCUGAGAGGCCCAGGCGCACGGGGACACCAUCAGGGAGGUCCUGCAGAGGCAACCGCUCCCGCCAGCGGCGUCGAGCCUCCACUGGGACCUCCAACAGCAGCACGUAGACUCGUCUUUUCUUUCUAGUCCAUCUGUUCGCUGCCGGAAGUGAAGUAAAGCCAAAAGGAAGAAGAAAGAAGAGAGUGAGACACUGCCUCAAGUGUCUGAAGAAAUCCAUUACUGUAUUGCUGAUGAUUUAAAAGACUUGUUUGGAGCUUCAAAGAACAAACCAGAAAAGACUGUGGAAAUACCCUGGGACAAAGAGGAUGCACAGGACUCUGCCCCAGAUGACCAUUUGGGACUUUUGCCCAAGAACAAGGCAGCUCAGGAGUCGAGCGCUUUCAAGUUUUCCUUCUUUGGAGACACAGAGGAGUCGGGCAUCAAAGAAGGUAACAGAAGAACCCUUCUCACAGUGCCAUUUCUAAGGAAGAGCUUCUGGCAGGCACUGUAGAGCACUGUGGUGUAAAGAAGGUCAGGACGCAGAGGAUUUUCAGCAGCAGAAAUCAGUAAUUAGGCUGAAGCAUUUUGAUCUUCAUUCCUGCUUGCCAAGGCAGUGGUAGAUUAAUGAGCGGGAGAAAGGUGACACACCAGUCAUAUCAAGUUUCAGAGAACCCAACAAGAUUUUAAAGGAAAUGUGUGUUAAUUUAGAGGGAGGAGCAAAAGCCUGGAGUUGACCAGGAGAUCCAUGGACAUUCUGCUUGUUACUGAAUUCAAUUCUUGGACCUAUAGAAGAAGGAACCUGAAUGACACGUGAUGGUUGGGAUGUUCUAACUGUAGAUAAAAUGAGGCCUUAUAGAAAGAAGACGAAACAACAUUAAAUCGAGUCACAGUCCUGUAGGAGAGAAAAGAAACCGUGUGAAGUUAUCCAAAAUAUUAAAAAAAACCUAUGCAAAACCACAAAGCAACGAGCCCCCCACAGUUGUGCUGAAUUCAGAAGGUACUCAGUGUCUUCUGAAUGCAACGAUACAUUCAUUAGAAUACAGCAGAGAUCCCGAGAACAGAGAGGAAAAUCCUGGAGCAGAGAUGUAGCUCAGAAAAUCUGGCAGAAGCAGAUUCUGUCCUUCCUACAUCUGUCUUCUCCACUAGUCUUGCGGACGCGGAACAAUAAAGCCGGUAAAAGUCACAUGGCAAGAGGAUUCACGUUUCCAAGACAGCAGUUCUGAGCGUGAUGAUGAGCCUGAGACGUGAGAAACUGAAACGGACCAAGAAAUGUUUGUUUCUUUACCGCGCACAGAAGGUGCUAGAGUUGUCUUCUUUGAAGAUGAUGAUGAAUGCCUAAGAGGUAAUUGCCUACUAGGAAUCUGGACUUUUACACCUUACCAAAACAUUAGCCCCAUGACAGGUUACCUAGACAUUUUGGAUCCUUUCAGAGGGCCCGAAGUUUUUUUGUAGAUCAGUAGAGUUCAGUGAAGAAAAAGGGUUGGGAAGACUGACGUAGAUUAUUGCUUGAGGAGCAGCUACUUAACUGUAUGUAAAGGAUGUAUUUAAGAGAAGGAGUGAAUUUAGAGACUUCUCCUAAUAGUGGAUUCAGAAACUUCUCUGAAGAAUUUGUUAGAUUUUCAUUUUUCCCGGAAUGCUGAAGGAAGCAUAGGGACACCAAAUAGAAAUGUAAGGAAACCAAUAAAGUCUUUAGUGA